UUUAAAUUAUUAUUUCUCAUCAGUAUCACUACAAACACACUGUUUGGGUAAAACCUGAAUUGUAUAAGAGGCAUCCAAAAGGAAGGACAUUAUCAAAUAUUCUUAGAACUAGAAUUUUUUUCUCUUUUUAUUUUCCAGAAAAUGUCCACUUAUGAUGAUGAAAAUAGUGAUAGUUCUCAGUACGAUAGUUCUCAGGAUGAAAGGCAGGAAAGGCAGGAAAGGCAGAAAAGGCAGGAAAAGCGGGAAAUGAAGGGAGAGGUUCACAGUCAUUUUGAGCAGACUAUUCGUCCAUACAUUGAUCUGAUUGACACUCUGCGGUCAGUUGGUGUGGAGAAGGACCUGGCAUUACCGACUAUUGUAGUGAUCGGAGACCAGAGUUCUGGAAAAAGCUCUGUGUUGGAAGCACUUUCUGGAGUUGCAUUACCAAGGGGAAGCGGAAUUGUCACCAGAUGUCCAUUAGAGCUGAGGCUGAAGAAGGUAACAAGUGGAGUCAGCUGGAAAGCGGUUUUAACUUACCGUCCUAAAGAACAUUCAACAAAUGAGAGGAAAUUUGAAUUUGAAGAUCCUUCAAAAGUUGAACAACAUGUUACAGAAGCCCAGAAUGAACUGGCAGGAAAAGGGGUAGGAAUAUGUGAUGAGCUCAUCACAUUAGAGGUCAUGUCACCAGAUGUGUGUGACCUCACACUGAUCGAUCUACCUGGAAUUGCCCGAGUCCCAGUACAAGGACAACCAGAGGAUAUUGGAAACCAGACCAAAAGUCUGAUCAUGCAAUUUAUUAAGAAGCCAGAAACUAUAAACCUGGUAGUGGUCCCUUGUAACACUGACAUCGCAACAACAGAAGCAUUAAAAAUGGCCCAAGAAGUAGAUCCUAAGGGCAGAAGAACUCUCGCCAUUUUGACCAAGCCAGACCUCAUAGACAAGGGAACAGAGAAGAACAUUCUGGACAUUGUCCACAACAAAGUGAUUCCUCUCCGCAAAGGUUACGUCAUGGUGAAGUGUAGAGGACAAAAGCAGAUCGAUGAGAAAAUUCCUCUGGAGGAGGCAGCUCAAAUGGAGAGAGAUUUCUUCCAAAAUCAUGACCAUUUCAGAUGCCUCUUGACUGAGGAUAGAGCAACUAUCAAAUGUCUUGCCAUCAGUCUGACUAAGUGUCUCGUUAAUCAUAUCAAAAAAUCACUGCCACAGCUCAAUGAGCAGACAACAAAGCUGUUGUGGGACGUGAAAAAUGACCUCAAAGAGUGUGAGGGUGGACCACCAAAUGACCCUAAGGGGGCCAAACAAUUCCUCACUGAAACCUUAAAAAGAUUCAGCGAUCAAAUCAAGUCCUUAUCAUCAGGAGAGUUGAUCAUUAAGGAGAAUUUGUUUGUCCAUCUUCGGGCUGAAUUCAAGAAGUGGAAUGGUCAUCUUAACAGUACAAAGACACCUUUUAAAAAUGCGAAAGAGUUGAGCCAGAGAAACAGAGGGAGGGAACUGCUUGGCUUCAGCAACUACAAAGUGUUUGAAACAAUUCUGCAGAAACAUGUGGCUACACUUGAGGCGCCAGCCAGUGAAUUACUUCAUACCAUAAAAGACAUCAUCACCACACAUUUGACUGAAGUGGCGAUUCAGUGUUUUAGGAACUACUCUGUCCUUAUAAACAUCACUAAGGACAAAAUCAUCAACAUUCAGUCAAGUCAGCAAGAGAAAGCAGAGCAGAGGAUCUCAGAGCUGUUAGAGAUGGAAAACAUGAUUUACACUCAAGAUCCCAUCUACUUGAGGAUCUUAAGUGAAAUUACAAAUGAGGGGUUUUCAGAGGACCAGUUACCAGUCUUUGACAAAAAAAUGAAGUACAGUCAUAUGCUGGAGGCGUAUUAUGAGAUUGUGGUGCAGCGGAUGGCUGACCAUUUACCCAUGAUAAUCUCCCUUUUCAUGCUGAAGGAGACCGCUCAGAUCCUGUCUAUUGACAUUUUGAGUUUACUGGAUGGGGCAAAUGUGAGCGAGCUCCUGUCUGAGGACUCUGAGGUCAGCAAAAGGCGCACUGAACUACGAGCUCGCCUGGAGCGUUUGACUGCUGCUCAGUCAGAACUUAACAAUUUUACUGACUAGUGUAUAAUGCAUUUUAUUCAUAUUUUACUUGUCAUGCGUGUGUCAGGGUGUGGGGCUAUGGUAAGGAUAUAGAAGUGUUGCUCUUCUUCUGCAAAGGCAGUCUUUCACCUGUCUAUCUAUGAUGUAAUAAAGAGGCACAUUCCACAAUGAGUCCUAAUCUGGGCUUGGUUUCAAUAAAAGUUGUUUUUGGACUAACAA